GUUCGUGGACGCGACUCGCGUGGCUGUCAAAGCCGAGAUAAAUAGUCUAAAUGUCGGUGAGAAUGUCCGGAGCUCACGCGGAGAGCGUGAUUAAAAACAUUAUCCUCGAAAUCGUGCAGGAGAGCCGCGUGAGAGGUCACGUGGUGUCGGACACGUUGGUGGCGUUCAUGGUGAAAGCGGUGGUGCUGGACCCCAGAAAUGGGUUCAAUGUUGACCGAGCACUGACGAAACAAGACCUGCAGAAACUCGAAGAGCUGUGUCUGGAUAAACUCACGGAACAGUGCAGCCCGUCCCUUGACACCAUCAAGAUGCAAGUGUACUUUGAUAUGACUUACACCUCCCGGCGUGAGUUCCUUGAGGAGGUCCACCGGGCGGUGGAGACGAGGCUGAGCGCCGUGAGCCGAGGGAUCACCGACAGCAGAGCGAAAACACCGGAGGAAAAGGCCGCUCUGUACCGUAAAAUCGUCACUUACGUCCAGCUGCGCUCCGGCAUGGGCUCGCCGACGGACCACCGCGCCGUGCAAGAGGCCGAGGAUGCCCUGCUGUGCGUCUUCCCUCAGACCGAACUGGGAGCCUUCGUGGUGCUCCUGAAGAGGGAGAAGGAGCAGCAGCUCCGCGAGCUCACCAUGAUCGUCACGGGGAUCCGACUCUUGAGCAGAGCCGGCGAGCAGGCCGACCUCCGUGAACUCAUGCCCGCGCUUCUCAACAAAGUUCUUCCGGUCGCCGGUAGCGGCGUAGAAAACGAGCUGAGCGCCGCGCAGACUUUGGCGUGGAAAUACACGGCUCUGCAGGAGCGUCCGACGGGCCGCGGCGACGUGCCCGCCGCCGUCCUGCUCAAACGGGCGCUCUACAACGUCCGGCAGCACGAAGCGUUCCUCAAAAUGUUACUGGCCGACGCACGUUUAAGUGCCAAGCAUGUUGAGACCCUGCGGACUGAGCUGUCGUCACAGAUGAAGCUGCUGAAAGAAACCGUCCAAUCACAGACGACCGUACCGUCUACGAAGGCUUUCCCGCUGUUCAAGUCCCUGUCAACGCUGUGGUCCGGCCUCCAGGACGAGGCCGAGCUGCUGAACAUCCUCGGCGACAUCGCGCGCAACCUGCGGCCCUUCGUCGCCUCUCAGGCCGAGAUCUUUCCCGAGGCGUAUUUGGACGGCCUGCUGGAGGCGUCGGAGGUGAAGACGGACGACCAGAGGAUGGCGGAGACCUCGGGUGAGCGUAUCGAUCCAGCUGAGAUGGAGACGCAGGAAUGGCUCCUGCCGGAAACAACAGUCGGCUCCGAUGAGCUGCCGCUGCAGUACGACGGCGUCUGUGGCUCCACGCUCGUGAGCAGAGACGGGCUUCUACUCCCAGGUAAUCCACACAUCGGAGUUCUGAAACACGAGGAGAAGCUCUACGUUUUUAGCUCCAAAGAAGCCGCGCUGAAAUUUGCCUCCAGUCCAGGCGACUUCAUUGCGGCGGUCGCGGAGAAAGCCAAACUCUUCCCUGAACUCAUUCAGCUCCUCAGACUCCACCAGCAGUUUUCGGAGCUUCAGCCAGGAGAGAGUUUCCUGGCGAAGUCCGUCACCAAGUGCGAGAGCGGCACGCAGACCGACGUCCACCCGGUGGAGACGAACGUCGCCAGGUCGUACGACUGGAACGAGUGGGAGCUGCGGAGGAAGGCGAUCAAACUGGCUGAUCUCAGGACCAAGCUGACGCGCUCGGUGCAGACGGAUCUGAGCCACGCGAGGCGUGAAAACGCCAGUCAGACAUGGCUGCCCAAGGACGCGGCCUGUCAGAGCAAGCGAGACGGCGGCAGCAACGUGCCCAAACCUCAGGUCUACGUGGCCGGUCUGAGGGGCCAGAGAGACGGACGCGUGGUCAAAACCAACCUGACCAGGCCUGCGGAGGAAAAAUGAUCGGGUUGGGGUUAAUUAAUAAUAAUAAUAAUACAAAAAGUUUGUGUAAGCG